AGGCUCUCAGCCACCACCACCCACGGAGGGAUUGCUUGCUGUUAAGCUGAAAACCCUCAAGACAAAGCCGACGGACGCCCAUGCUGCGCAUCAAUCUGCUUGUGGACUGUUCUGCUCGGUUGCUUGCAUCUGAUAUCGAAGUCUUCCGCCUGACAAGUUACAAGUGCAGCGAGACUACUCGUUGAUCAUCCUCACGUCACCAGGGACCCCAACAGACUACCGCCAUCAUGAGGAUCAAUCACUGCUACUUCUGCAGCAAGCCGACCUACCCUGGUUCCGGCAUGAUGUUCGUGCGUAACGACUCCAAACAAUUCAUCUUCUGCCGCAGCAAGUGCCACAAGAACUUCAAGAUGAAGCGUAAUCCACGCAAGGUUCGCUGGACCAAGGCGUUCCGUAAAGCAGCGGGGAAAGAGAUGACAGUGGAUGCCUCGCUCGAGUUCGAGAAGCGACGCAAUGUGCCUGUCCGCUACAAUCGCGAGCUGAUGGCUGCUACAUUAGCCGCCAUGUCUCGCAUCCAAGAGAUCAAGGAGCGCCGCGAGCGCGCCUUCUACAAGGCCCGCAUGCAGAAGGCCGGAAACACCAAGCAGGCACACAAGGAGAAGGACAGGAUGGAGGUGCAUCGGAAUGCCCAUGUUCGGGAGAUGCUGCGCAAGAAGAAGGAACUGGCGCCAGAGCUCGAGAAGAUCAGGGUCAAAGCGAAGGCCAAGAAGAGUGCGCUGCAGACUGGUGGAGGGAUCAAGAUGUCGAUGGAUGUAGACUGAGAGAACUGCACACAGCAAAUUCCCAGUGUAGACUCGGUUGUAUUUGUAAUGGGCAUUGUUCAAGAUCUUUAAAAC